GUGGGUCACAUAACCUCGGCAACUGGUCCCGGAAGCAAAAUUCGAGGGAAGAAGGAGGCGGAAAGGAGGGCCUGCGUCCGUGUCGCCGGCAGGGGGCGGGGUGGGGCGGAGCCGGGCAUGGUAACCGCUCGGAAGUCUAGGCUGCUGGGUUGGAGGGAGGAGGAGGGACCGGUAUCUGCCGCCGCUGCCGCUGCCGCCGGUGCUCCAACCUGUUCCGUGUGGCCCACGCUGGCCUUGCCGCGGCCAUGAUGAUCCACGGCUUCCAGAGCAGCCACCAGGACUUCUCCUUCGGGCCGUGGAAGCUAACGGCGUCCAAGACCCACAUCAUGAAGUCGGCGGAUGUGGAGAAGUUAGCUGAUGAAUUGCAUAUGCCAUCUCUCCCCGAAAUGAUGUUUGGAGACAAUGUUUUAAGAAUCCAGCAUGGCUCUGGCUUUGGAAUUGAGUUCAAUGCUACAGAUGCAUUAAGAUGUGUGAACAACUACCAAGGAAUGCUUAAAGUAGCCUGUGCUGAAGAGUGGCAGGAAAGCAGGACGGAGGGUGAACACUCCAAAGAGGUUAUUAAACCAUAUGAUUGGACCUAUACAACGGAUUAUAAGGGAACAUUACUUGGAGAAUCACUUAAGUUAAAGGUUGUACCUACAACAGAUCAUAUAGAUACAGAGAAACUGAAAGCCAGAGAACAGAUUAAGUUUUUCGAAGAAGUUCUCCUAUUUGAGGAUGAACUUCAUGAUCAUGGAGUUUCAAGCCUGAGUGUGAAAAUUAGAGUAAUGCCUUCUAGCUUUUUCUUGCUGUUGCGAUUUUUCUUGAGAAUUGAUGGGGUGCUUAUUAGAAUGAAUGACACAAGACUUUACCAUGAGGCUGACAAGACCUACAUGUUACGAGAAUAUACAUCACGAGAGAGCAAAAUUGCUAAUUUAAUGCAUGUUUCACCUUCCCUCUUCACGGAACCUAAUGAAAUAUCACAGUAUUUACCAAUAAAGGAGGCAGUUUGUGAGAAGCUAAUAUUUCCAGAAAGAAUUGAUCCUAACCCUGCAGGCUCAAAAGAAUGUACACCUGUGGAAUAGAAUGUGUUAUGACAUAUAUUCACUGUGGAAUCUGACUGGCUAUUUGGAGGGGGGUAUUUUUAUUUUGAGAAUUAAUUGCCUUGUCUAUGUGCAGAUUUUCUGUAACCUUAAAGGAAAAAAAAAAUAAAGGAUUGUUGCAGGCAGAUUCCACUCAACUGCUGUUUGUACCCUGUCUUCAAAUCAUAUUCCAGGAAUUUAUAUUCUCUGAAAUUAAGUUCAGAUUUCUAAAUUGUAACAAAGCAGAGUCUCACUAAGAAGAAGGUGAUGUGUGUAUGUCUCUGAAGGAGUGAGCACAACCUGCGUCUAUCAUGAAACGCUAUCUUCUACCAUGAGGAGAGGUUAUUUUAAGUCACUCAAUCAUAGCACCUUGUUGCUUUCAUUGGAUUCCUCAUCACAUACAUUGAUAUAGUUUAGUAGCUCUUUACUUAGGAAAUUGAUCUGUGCCCAGGAAUUUAAAAAAAAAUUAUCCCUUAAAUUUUAAGUUGGCUUUUGAAGUUUAAAGAAAGUCAAACAUAGAACCAAAUAAACUAUAUUUUUGGAUAGCAUAAGGUGUUAUGUCGAUGGAAACACACAAACGUGGUUUGCCACUAAUAGCUAGGGUGUCAGAGCUGUCUCCUUCCAUCUUUAGGUGCUUUUUCUGUAUUUGGUACUAUUUGUACUGACAUGUAUUCUACUUCCAUCUUCCAUUGGAUAUUGAAUUUGAUAUUAGUCCUAAAAAGUUUGAAUUAAAGUGGAUUAUUUUAAGUAAACAUUGCAUCAACCCCUAAAGCAAUCAGAUUAAUUUUCUGCUUAAAAUAUUUGAAGAGUAGCUGUGGAAGAGGAGGAGGAGGCUUAUUUUAAAGUCUAAAAGCCAGUUUUUCAUUUUUUUAAGAUUCAUGUUUAUAAUGUUACAGGGGAUCCAGGAAAGUGUAAUUAAUUAGGACAAUGCCUCAGUAGUAUGGAAAGUACACAGAGGUAAAUUAAAAAUCCAUUUGGUUAUUUUGAUGAUGACCUUUGAAUAUUUUAUAUUCUUUUCUGCCUUUCUGAAUGAUCUCCAUAAAGUAGAAAGUAGUUAUAAAGCACCAUGUAAGAAAUUAUUUUAAAUGGAUUUUAAAAAAUAUUUUAUUUACAGAGCAGGGGAAAAGAAUUACCCUCCCCCACCAACUGUUUCUAGUUUGAAAUAACUAUUGUACAUAUUUCCACUUGAUGCAUAAGUCAUUAAAGAAGAAUAUUUAAGUAUUAGAAAGACUCUUCAGGUAUUAGCCUGAAGAUAAAUUUUAGGGAAACAAAUACAAUUGGAUAUUCAUCAUUGCUCAGACUCUGGUGUGUUGUGUGUAUUUUUUUUUUGCUGAUUUUAUUAGCUAAAUUUAGUCACAAAUAAUUUGUGUAUUUGUGUUCUGCUUCAUCAACCUGCAAGGUAUAAAAGAAUCAGGAUUUUUUUGGCUAUGAGAAAACACAUGACAUACUCACUGUAUAUUAAAUAUAUCUGUACUUAGUGUUUCCUCCUAGGACAGAAAAGUGUAUAUUUUGUACUCUGCUUUCUGUUUAUUUGCCAUGCAGAUUUGAACAGAACAGACUCUUUAGUUAUACGAAUUAUAAAAAAUGGAAAGCUUAAGAAUAUUCAUGAGUUGAAUUAGUUGAGGUUUCUGGGUAACAACAUAUUAUACAUAUAUUUUUAACUUAAUUCAGAUAUCUUAGUCACAAAAUAAGUCUUAGAUUACUUAUUUUGAGAAUCCAUUAUUAAAAAUUGUAGAAUUGAUCUUUUUUAGAGGGUGGGAGGUGGGUAGGAUGAGGUGAAUGGAUAAACUUAUAAAAACUUCAUUAGCUUAUUCCUGUGGAGAAUACCAAGAAAACUUGUAUUUGCCCAUUGCUAAACAAGACCUAUACCAUUUUAUAUUUAUUGUUCCAAGUGUCUUUUUGUAAGAAUAGAAUAAAUAAUAAGUAAUUACUGA